AAAGAGAGAGAGGGGCGCCUUCAAGAGAGCCGAAGAAGUGCCUGUAAGAGGAUUAUUAAAGCGGUUCGUAGCACUCACCAUGCCCCUUCGGAGCGCUGAGGAGAAAUCUAAGGAUGAAAUUGCUUUGGAGAGCUAAAAUGAGCUCAAUCCAAGACUGGGGUGAAGAGGUAGAGGAAGGAGCAGUUUACCAUGUCACCCUCAAAAGAGUACAGAUUCAACAAGCGGCCAACAAAGGAGCAAGAUGGCUUGGGGUUGAAGGGGACCAGCUUCCCCCAGGACACACUGUCAGCCAAUAUGAAACCUGUAAGAUCAGGACAAUAAAAGCAGGUACUCUAGAGAAGCUUGUGGAGAACCUAUUAACGGCAUUUGGAGACAACGACUUCACCUACAUCAGCAUAUUUCUGUCAACAUACCGGGGAUUUGCAUCUACAAAGGAAGUUCUGGAAUUGCUCCUGGAUAGAUACGGAAAUCUGGAGAUCUCAAACUGUGAAGAAGAUGGGAGCCAGAGCAAUACCGAGACCAAAACAGUACUCAGGAAUGCCAUAGCCUCAAUACUGAGAGCCUGGCUAGACCAAUGCUCUGAAGACUUUCAGGAGCCACCUCAUUACCUUUGCUUGCAGAAACUGCUGGGCUACCUGACCAGGAUCAUGCCAGGCUCGGACCCCAAAAGAAGGGCGCAACAACUGUUGGAGAACUUUCAGGAGCAAGAGCGAGCAAACAGCAGUGAGAUUCAUGAUAUAUUUGCAACUGAAGAAAAAACAGAGAUUAGUGGAUCAGAAGAAUUUUCUUCUUUCCCAGAAGACCUUGUGGCAGAACAGUUAACUUACAUGGAUGCUAAACUGUUUAAAAGAGUGGUGCCACACCACUGUUUGGGCUGCAUCUGGUCGCAGAGAGAUAAGAAAGAAAACAAGCACUUAGCUCCCACCAUCAGAGCUACCAUUGCACAGUUCAAUGCAGUCACCAAAUGCGUCAUCAGGACCAUUUUGCAUGGCAAGGAGCUGAAAACGCAUCAGCGAGCCAAGAUCAUAGAGAAGUGGAUCAAUAUUGCCCACGAAUGUAGGAUCCUUAAGAAUUUCUCUUCUUUGAGAGCCAUUGUUUCAGCACUUCAAUCCAACUCCAUCUAUCGGUUAAAGAAGAGCUGGGCAUGUGUUGCAAAAGACAGAAUGUUGAUGUUCGAAGAACUGUCAGAAAUUUUCUCCGAUCAUGAUAACUAUUUGACAAGUCGGGAGCUGCUAAUGAGGGAAGGAACAUCUAAAUUUGCAAAUUUGGACAGCAGUGUAAAAGAAAACCAGAAGAGAACCCAGAGACGGCUUCAACUGCAGAAAGAUAUGGGCGUAAUGCAGGGCACUGUUCCUUACCUUGGUACUUUUCUAACGGAUUUGACAAUGCUUGAUACAGCUCUCCAGGACUAUGUAGAGGGAGGGCUAAUAAAUUUUGAGAAGAGAAGGCGGGAAUUUGAAGUAAUAGCUCAGAUUAAACUCCUACAGUCUUCCUGUAAUAGCUAUUGCAUGACUUCAGACACAAAAUUCAUCCAGUGGUUCCAGAAACAGCGGCAAUUAACAGAGGAAGAGAGCUAUGCACUUUCCUGCGAGGUUGAAGCAGCCAUCGACACAACCACCACAUCACCCAAACCACGGAAGAGCAUGGUGAAACGACUGAGCCUAUUAUUUCUGGGACCUGAUGUAAUUGCUAAUAGCACGCCUACCAAAGAGCAGUCCAAGUCCGUACCAAGCGGGAGCUCAGGAGAAAGCAUGGAUUCUGUCAGCGUUUCAUCCUGUGAAUCAAACCAUUCUGAAUCAGAGGAUAUCUGCAUCACUCCUACGGACACCCCUGAUGAGGCCCAAAAGAAACUCACAGAGUCCUCCUCCUCUUGUUCCUCCAUCCACUCCAUGGACACGUCUUCAUCAGGCGUAUCAUCCACCAAUGUUCUCGUGUCUCCUCCUUCACUGGCCAGCAAUCCCAGAAUCCACAAACGCUCCAUCUCUGUCACCUCCAUUACCUCAACAGUCUCAUCUCCUGUUUACAAUCAACAGAACGAAGAUACCUGUAUCAUCCGUAUCAGUGUUGAAGACAAUAAUGGCAACAUGUAUAAGAGCAUUAUGUUAACCAGCCAAGACAAGACUCCUGCUGUCAUCCAGCGAGCAAUGUUGAAACACAACCUGGAAUCAGAUCCUGCUGAGGAUUAUGAACUUGUGCAGGUCAUUUCUGAGGACAAAGAACUAGUCAUCCCAGACAGCGCAAACGUCUUUUAUGCCAUGAACAGCCAGGUGAACUUUGACUUUGUCCUGCGGAAGAAAAACUCCCUCGACGGACAAGUGAAACUGAGGAGCCGCUCCAGCUUGACUCUUCCCAGGACCAACAGGAAGGGCUGCUGGAGCAACAGAAACAGCAAAAUUACCCUCUGAGAGUGGAUCAGCCCAACACCAAAGAGGUGGGCUUGAAGGACCAUUGCAGAGACUACCCAACAUGGCAGAACCUUUGGAGAUGGAUGUGUCAGUAUUCAGCUUUGGGGAGUGCAAAGCUAACACUUGCUAUAAAUAGGCACACACUUAGUUACAGAGAACAGACAAAAGGGACCUGAAUGGAAAUGCACCCUGUAGGCACUUUUUUUUUCCUUUUGCACCCAGCCAUUAAUUCAAAGCCACUUUCUACCAGGAAGACAAAAAAUAUGCAGCCGAUCUUCCAGCCUUACCAUGGACUUUUCAACUCAUCUCAGUUUUGACAGUAUUAAUUUGGAGUAUUUUAGAUUUGCUUUUAUAAACGGAAGAAGGCAUUUCAAUCCCUUGUGUUCUUAGCAGAGGGAGAGGAGCAUCAGAUUAAACACUGGUAGUGUUUAAUGAUAGUGCUGGUAGGUGGCUGGUAGAGAUGGGCUGCUUUAAGUAGAGGCAGCGCAGCUUCUGAAACAAGGAGAAUUAGCCUUCUCUUAGAGUUCUCCCCCUGCAGUUUUUGAAGCCAUCCCAGCUUCCAGUCCUAUUCGACAUGCUGGAAAAAUCCCUUCUUUCCUCCAGGCAUCAGCUAUUCACCAAUGACUAUAUGAAUGCACACGACUGCUCUUAAUGCCACUAUGUUGUUUUCCUUAUGCUUUGCUAUUUUUUUAAAUUGUGUGUGAGUGCGUACGCGUGAGUGUGUGCGUGUAUAUAUAUAAAUAUAUAAAUAUAUAAAAAAUCACAAUAUAUUUCCUUGGAGUGUGCAGUUUUACUCCCUUUCAGCUGUGGAGCUGUUUACUUGUAUUCAGCCAUAUUGGCAUUAUAGUAAACUAUAUAGUUGUAUUUUAUACUCAAUCUGAGAAACAAAGCAGAACAAAAAAAUAAACCAGCUUAAUAGCCAUCGUCUGAAAAGAGCCCAGAUAUUUGUUGUGAUUGAAGAACAUUUAAAGAACCUCCCAUUUUUUUUAGAAUCCACCCAUUAAUUUAAAAAAGGACUUACGGUACUGCUUUAGCCACCUCGUUGCCUCAUGAGCCCAGCUUUGUUAGAAUAUGCUGAGGGAUGAUGGUAUUGAUAUUUUGGAGGGUCAGGUUUUCAGUGAUGACAUUAACCCUUCAGAGCCUGCACAACAAGGAAUUUCAGGGAAGUGUUGAAAUUAAAGUAAUAUUGUGAUGGUACUGAUUAUAAACAUUCCAAAGGUGGGUGGUCAGGAAGCUUCCUCCUCAUACCUUUUCUCUGAUUUUCUCCUUUCCUGAGCAGCAGUGACCUCCCACCUUCUUCCUACCUUCACUUUGCAGUCUGUUGCUGUAUCAGCCUUUUCCUUCUGAAGACCAGGUAGCGUUCCUUACCCCCACCCCUUCUGUAGGCCUCUUGUAAAGGCCAAACAGAGCUACAACUGUUCACUCAAUUACCGUAAAACAGACUGUACUAAAUUCAAUAGAAUUUACUUAUUUGUAAUAAUGUUUAUGACUGUAACUUUACAUGGAAGAAUUUUUCUCUCUUAAUUUGUAACCUCAACUUGAAUGUAUUACCAGGUUUAAUUCGGUUCACUGAAAGUCUGUCAUACCCCAAUUCAGAGUUCUUUGGAUCCUCAAAUAUACUACUGUACAGAAAGUCAUGCAUAAUCACAAUAAGGGCAAUUUGUAGGUUGCUAUUUUGGACCAUCAUAGAAAAAGUAGGGAAUUGGCACUGGGUGCAGAAGAACACUUCCUAAAUGCUUCAACAAAACACAUUUUCAAGCUUAGGCCAUGUAAAAGUGUUGAAAAGGGGGUGGGUGGUUGAAGCAGAUUGAGUUCUGGAAGCCAGAGAGUUAGCAAGAGUUUGCAGGAUUGAGCCAGCAAAAUAGAUUUUCUUUGUUUUGAAGUAGAAUCGGAUAAGAUUCUCCUGCAUUGGUGGUCCCAUUAGUGUGUGUGUGUGUGUGUGCACACGUGCGCAUGCAUGGACAGGGAGUGAGGGUGAGGGUACAAUUAGGAUUCCUACAUAGCAGAGUAAGAUAUGCCAAGCCUUUUUGCUGAAAAUGGUUUAACAAUUUCAGCUUUGUAAAGCUAAUUUUGCUAUAACUAUCCAGGAGCUUGAUCCAGUCCUGACAAUAGCUUACAAGCAUGUGUGUCUUUUAAAUAAACACUUGAUCAGAUUGUGAUCUACUUUGCACUAUGUAAAACUUUCAAUUUCAAAUGCUUUCUAUGUUGAGCCCUGUACUUAAACUCUCCAUAUUCUUGUCUAAAAGAGAUUGUGAGUGUGUGUCAGGACACUGCAUAAACCUCCUUGUUCGUGAGAUGCAGGCAACAGUCUGUUACUUUGUAAGGUAGUCUCUAGGUUAGAGAACUAGCUUGCAUAUAAGAGCAUGAGCUUGCUUGGGUGAGAUUGAGCUUUGAGCUUAUGGCACACCAGUGAAAGUGUGUAAAACUGACUGGUCCUGUUCUUGCAAAAGGAGGGACUGCUGCUUGUGGCAUGGUGCAGCUAAGCCUAGUAUCCUAGUCUACACCUUCUCUGACUUACUAAAAAGCACUGGGUGAAAGCUUUAAUUGACCAACGCCAUGAUAAGCAAAAGGUCAAUACCUGCAGGCCUUUCUGAUGUUGCUUAUGGAAUAUAGAAGACUGCAAUUUGGAAUGUGAAAUGUCUAGGUGGGAAGAGCAUGAAUUAAAUAAAAGAAAGCUACAGUAGGUAUGUUGUGUGUUUGUGAAACUCGGAAUGGAGAAGAUGUAGUGGGUUUGAAUGGAAGUAGAGUUGAUGCAGGGAAGGAAAAGAGCUAAAAUGUAUGUCAUAAAAUCUGAACUGGUCUCAUGUUAGAUUGUGGGUACAUAUGAAAGUAAGAAUCCAUAGACUAGUAAUAGUUGCAUGUUAUGCUCU